UCGAAAAUCGCCCUUUUUAGGGCAACCAUUGUAUAGUCCUCUGUUUUAGGGUUUUCCUCUGGAAGCGCAGAUCAAAUGAGCUCCCAGGUACCGCAGUAUGGAGCCCCGAUCCGGCCCGGCGGAUUCCCUCCACAGUAUGGAUCUAUGCCGCCGCAAGCUCCCCCCGAUGGAUCCUUCAUCCGGCCGCCACCGUAUGGAUCUGCGCCGCCACCGCCGCUGCCGGGAUCUCAGGCCGCUGCUCCUCCUCCCGGAGCUGGAGCUACGCCAGUGCCACAGUAUGGCGCGUCGAAUCAGCCGGGCAUGGUAGGUUUUCGGCCACAGUAUGGCGGAUCUCUGCGACCUCCGCCUCCAUUCCAAGGUAUGGCGCCGCCUUCUCGUCCAUUCCAGGGCCCGGGAGUGGGAUCAGGACAGGAAAUUUCGAGCUUCCAGGCGAAUUCAGGCAUGCCGGCGCCAUUCCAGAGCCAGUCGGCGUCGAUCCAAGGGCCUCCCCAGUUCCAGGGCCCUCCUCCAUCGUUCCAGAGCUCAAUCCAGGGGCCUCCAUCUUUCCAGAGCCACCCCUCCUCGAUCCAGGGACAGCCGCCGCAGCCAUUCCAGAGCCAUCCUCAAGCUCCUCCACAGCCUCUACAGAUGCAAGGACCUCCUCUCCAGCCUCCACAGUUUCUAAGCCGGCCGCCAGGGCCUGGUUACUCGCAAAUGCCGCCUCCUCCUGGCCAGAAUUGGAGACCCUCUAUUGGAGAUAAUUUACAGCAGCCUGGCUCUCCCUCUACGACUCCUUCGCAACGCAUUGAUCCAUCGCAAAUUCCCCGCCCCCAGCCGAGCUUCGCUACGUCCGUUUAUGAUACAGUUUCUAGCGGUCCAAUUCCUCCGUCUUCGACGAGUGAUUUUUACGUGAGAGAUGCCGGAAACUGUAGCCCAAGGAUUAUGCGAAGCACUCUUUAUCAGGUUCCAUGCACCGCGGAUUUGCUAAACACCUCGAAAAUGCCUCUGGCUCUGAUAAUUCAGCCACUCGCCCUCCCUCACGUGAAUGAAGAGCCUAUCAAGGUUGUUGACUUUGGAGAAAGUGGGCCAGUUCGGUGCAAUAGAUGUAAAGCAUACAUUAAUUCCUUUAUGAAGUUUAUCGACCAAGGACGCCGUUUUGUUUGCAAUAUUUGUGGACACACAAACGAAACUCCGCGAGAUUACGUUUGCAACCUCGGACCGGAUGGACGAAGGAGAGACGCUGACGACAGGCCUGAACUCUCUCGUGGAACAGUCGAGUUCGUUGCAACCCAAGAGUAUUUGCUUCGACCUCCAAUGCCACCAGUGUUCUUCUUUCUGGUGGAUGUCUCAGCUAAUGCUAUCAAGACGGGAGCGGCCGCCGCAGCUUGCAGUGCUAUUCAGAGAGUUCUGGCGGAUAUUGCAGAAGGUCCUAGGACAAUGGUUGGAGUUGCAACGUUUGAUUCAACUAUACACUUCUACAAUUUGAGUAAAGACCUGCAACAGCCAUCCAUGCUCGUAGUGCCAGACAUACAAGACGUAUAUGUUCCAGUUGAAAACGGACUUGUGGUUCCUGUCGCUGAGGGCCGCGAGCACAUGGAAACUCUUUUGGAGAACAUACCCAACAUGUUUCAUGACAACGUGGUUCAGGAAUCAGCUCUUGGUGCAGCAAUGAAGGGGUCAUUUCUGGCUUUGAAACCUACUGGGGGAAAGCUCUUAGUUUUCCAAUCAGUUUUACCAUCUAUUGGCCUUGGAGCUUUAACCCCAAGGGAGGCAGAGGCGCGAGACAAAUCUGCGGAAGCGCACAAGGUGUUACAACCUGCAGAUAAAACUUUGAAAGCCAUGGCAGAGGAGUUUUCUUCGUCCCAGGUUUGCGUGGACUUGUUUUUGACAACCCAAACAUACGUCGAUAUAGCAUCACUUUCAGUUGUGCCCAUCACAACUGGAGGUCAAGCUUAUUAUUAUUUUCCCUUCUCUGCUACCAUGGAUUCAGCUAAGUUGUAUAAUGAUUUACGAUGGAACUUAACCAGACCUCAAGGACUUGAAGCCGUGAUGCGUGUGCGAUGUAGUCAGGGAAUCAAAGUCCAGGACUACUUUGGCAGCUGUAAACGGGUUACCACUGAUGUCGAUCUUCCUGCGAUUGAUUGUGAUAAAUCUAUUCUGGUCACGUUCAAGCACGAAGACAAAUUCCAAGAAGGAGCGGACUGUUGUUUUCAGUCGGCGUUACUCUACACCACGGUCGAUGGGCAUAGACGUAUCAGAGUUAGUACACUAUCACUUACCUGCACGAACGUUCUGAGCAACCUUUUCAAAGGCGCGGAUCUAGAUGCACAGUUCACUUAUCUUUUGAAAACUGCUGCUCAAGGCGUGCCUGUCUCCCCUCUUUCGCAAGUUAGGGAGCAAACCAUUGGACAGUGCGUUCAGAGCUUGUUUUCGUAUAGAAAGUUUUGCGCAACUGCAUCUUCUUCGGGCCAGCUUAUCUUGCCCGAAUGCCUUAAGCUGCUACCGCUAUAUACACUCGCUCUUACAAAGAGCGUGGGUCUCCGGCAAGAUGUUCGUGUUGAUGAACGAGCUUACUGGCUUAUGCGAGCUACAAGCAUCUCGGCAUCCCUCGCGAUACCGUUGGUGUAUCCCAGACUAUUUUCCGUCCACAACAUACCAAAGCUGGACGAGUCGAGUCUACCACCGACGCUUCCUCUAUCAAGCGAGAACCUGGACCCAGAAGGAAUCUUUCUUUUGGAGACCGGUGAGGACGCUUUUCUAUACGCAGGGAAGGCUGUCUCCUCUGAGCUCCUUCAUCAACUCUUUGAAGUGCGGUCUGUGAACGAAGUGAUUCCCGGACAGUUUUUGUUGCAAGAGUACGAUAACGAGCCAUCAAUUUUGCUGAACAAGAUGGUGAACGAGAUCCGUCGCCAACGCUGCUCUUACCUGCGGUUGCAUUUGCUGAAGCGGGGAGAUCCUUUAGAGAUGAUGUUCCACUCCUUCAUGAUCGAAGACAAGAGCGGGCUGGGCUCGUCUUAUGUGGAGUUCCUUGUCUACGUGCACAGGCAAAUCCAGGUAAAAAUGCAGUCUGGGAGCUGAGCUUAUUAAAAGCGGAAGAAAUUCAUUCAAUAACAUUCCCCAUUAGUCAUGAAUCUAAAAGAUUCUCAAGCAUAGCAUUUGCAAGAAUUAUGUUUUGGCAAACCCAUUUUACUCCAGACGUUGUAAAACAUUAAUGUUUUUUACUACAAUGAAAGCACAAAUACCCAAAA